UCUGAGAUUGUUAUGAUCUAUACCAUAUUGUGUUCAUGAUAUUUUUCUUCGUUUACAUGAAUUUGUUUUGCUGUUCACUUUUACAAAAUUCCAUUAACAAAUAAAAAAAGCUUUACAUUUCUUAUAUGCCACAAUAAGGAUAACAUUAAUAUAAUUUUAUUAAAUUUAUAUAGAGUAUAUCUAGUUAACCUAGUUAGCUGACAAAGUGAUCACGGCGUAGUGUUUAGAAAAUGUUAGAAGUUACGUGCAAUGACCGGUUGGGCAAGAAAGUAAGAGUUAAAUGCAAUCCCGACGAUACUGUUGGGGAUUUGAAAAAGCUUAUCGCAGCACAAACUGGCACAAGAUACGAUAAAAUUAUUUUAAAGAAAUGGUACACAGUCUUCAAGGAUCAUAUAAAGCUAUCAGAUUAUGAAAUCCAUGAUGGCAUGAAUUUGGAGCUGUAUUAUCAAUAGAUCGUGUAGUAUAAAAUGUUACCACUUAAUCUAAUAUAAAAUAAAAUACUUAUUUAAUA